UAGCUGCGUCUUAUCUACUUGAUAUCGCCCCUUGCUCUGCACCACGAUGCCCCCCAAACCAACCCUCUCUGUCGCUAUCGUCGGCGUGGGCCUGGUCGGCUCCGAGCUCAUCUCGCAGCUGCUCGCCAUUCAAGCACCCAACCCGUUCAGACUCGUGUCUCUAACGUCGUCCAGAUACACGCUGUUCGCUGCAGACGGUCUGGGAGUGAACGCAGGCUCGUGGGCGUCCGCGCUCUCCGCGUCGUCCGCCACACCCAACCUGCCCGUUCUCGCUGAGCAGCUUGCGAAGCUCGAGGCUGCCGUGCUCGUCGACAACACCUCGUCGCAGGACGUCGCAGAGCUGUACCCAGAGUUCCUGAAGCGCGGCGUGCACGUCGUGACGCCGAACAAGAAGGCGUUUUCUGCCAACCAGCAGCUGUACGACGCGAUCCUGAGGGCAAGUCGCGAGACCGGCGCGCGGUGGCUGAACGAGUCGACUGUGGGUGCGGGCCUGCCUGUUGUGCAGACGCUGAAAGAUCUGGUGGCGACUGGCGAUAAGGUCAAGAAGAUCGAGGGCGUGUUCUCGGGCACGAUGAGCUAUAUCUUCAACAACUUCUCUACUGCGAACCCAGGAGGGCCCGCGUUCUCGUCUGUCGUGCGUGUUGCGCGUGAGAAGGGCUAUACUGAACCCCACCCUGCAGACGACCUAAACGGUGCAGACGUCGCGCGCAAGCUGGCAAUCCUCGCGCGGAGCAUCCCCUCUUUGCAGAACGCGCUCCCUGAAGGCUACACGUCCGUCCAGACGCGCUCGCUCGUCCCACAAGCCCUCGGAUCCGUUUCCUCAGGCGCGGAGUUCGUUGACCGCCUGCCCGAGUUCGACGUCGAGUUCGAGAAGCUGCGCGAGGAGGCGCGUGCAGAAGGGUCUGUCCUCCGAUUCGUGGGCGUGGUCGAUGUCGAGAACGGUAUUGUCAAGGCGGAUCUCGAGAAGUACCCCACGACACACCCUUUUGCGACAUCCCUUGGCGGCUCGGACAACAUCGUUAUGUUCCACACUGAGCGAUAUAGCCCACGUCCCCUCAUCGUUCAGGGCGCAGGCGCCGGUGCCGCUGUCACUGCAAUGGGUGUUAUGAGUGAUUUGCUCAAGCUUGUGCUAUGAAACUGAAACUACCGAAGGAAUAUGAUUUAUCAAAGAAAUGUAAGUGCGCAAGUAGCAUAACUUGGAAACACAAGAGCAUGUA